AUGUCGCUCGACAUCGCCGUAAAGGUAUCGCCUACUGGCGUCUUGAACGAGCGUCUCGACGCAACAGCACGCGUCCUACUCCACCAAGAUGGCCACUAUCAACUGAUUGAGCGUUCUCUGCGCGAUUUUCUGCACUUGGAGCGUCAAUUACACGCUGAAAUCGCUACAGCAGCUGCGUCGCCGCUCUCAACGUCGAUCUCUCAAUCAAUUGACGCGUUCAGCAACGCGAAUCGGAGCGUUUACCCAUUCGAUCAUCUUUCUAUUCGUCUUUCAGUUCAACUGGAGACGUUUCUACUUCACUUGGCGUUGAGAUCCGAGUUUCUAGCGACGUCCCGAGCGUUAAAAACGUUCCUUUGUGGGAAUGAAUGGACGAAAGAGGAGACGAGUGCACGGCAUUAUCGAGACGCAGUGGAAACUGCACUUGGAGAUACAGAUGGAGCGAAGCUGUUGGAUGCGCGAGUGGCAGUUGGCUGCUCGGUGGAACACCACGAGACGGUAGAGUUUGAGAGAGCAGAGGAGAAGCAAGUGGUGCUCUGGAAGUUUACAUCAGAAGGCGCAGGAGUGAUGUUUCGUGCCUGGUUUUCACGUACUGUUGAGACAGAGGGAUUAGCUGUUGAUCCCUAUAGCAUCAGCAGCAACAAUGUGGUGGAGAAUGAAGUCAAAGAGCAAGAAGUUGCGUACUACAGAACGCACUGCACGUUCAAGACUGGAGAAAAGAGUUUUGCGUACGGACACUUUGUAGCCGAGAAGACGGGGGUGUUGACGCUGCAUUGGGAGAACGUGGACAAGAGCUCGGUCAUGUCCAAGCCGUUGCAGUUUUACGCUGCCGUGGUGCCGCUUAGUGAUGCGAAUGAAGUGUUGGAAACUGCCGAUGUUUGCAAUAUUGUCGAUAGUGCAGAGUGGCUGCUAUGCCACAUACGCACGUCAAGCAUCACGUCAUUGGAAGAUCUCAACGGGUGGAACGAUGAUGAUUGCGAAGACAGCGCCAUCAUGGAAGAUGAUGCAUACGACACCAGCGUGAAGGGUGGGGAUCACGACCUGAAGUCGAGACUGCAGUCGGCAGUGCUGGAAGAACGCAAUCACGAGCUUGAGGCGCGAGUGACUUGUCUUGAAAAGCAUCUUGCGGCUACCAAAGAGGAGCUCAAGAGCGCAGUGAACCGCGCGGAAAUCGCAGAAGAGAUCUAUAAGGCUAAUCUGGAAACCAUUGCGCAGCUCGAACGUGCGAAGAUCGGCAGAACCGUGCCAAAGUCGCAGAAGGUUGCAGCUGCAUCGUGUGCUAUGCCUUCGGACGGACGACUGGACCUCGUCGGGGCGCCGAUGGAGCAGGCGCCCUCAAGUGAGCUUGAGCGCAUGCAAAACCUCUGCGCGGGUUUCCAGGAGCAGUGUCUCUGGCGGUCUGUGGAAAACAUGGAGCUCGAGACACAGCUCGCUGCGUCACAAAUCGAGGUGUCAUCGUGGCGAAAAAGACACGGCGAGCAAGCUGCGCAGCUAAAGGAGCUCGAGAAACAGAUCUCCACUCUGCGGAUGCACAAGAAGAUGCUAGUGGACGAGGUGAAGCGAUUGCAGCCAUUUUCGCACGUGAACGUGGCUGCGUUAGUGCAAGAGGCACAAGAAGCACGAAUGGUGCAGCGCAGUCUGCAAGCCAAGUUGGACUUGCACGAGCCAGUGGUGAGCACCGGCGAAUCAAUUGAGACGCUGCAGUCUAGCACGGAGUAUGUGGCUGGCGAGGCCGCAGAUGGACCGUAA